GUAAGGCCUGGUAACUAAUCAUUUGCAAAUUUAUGUGCAUAUUUAUAUUUGGCGCCAAAUUUUGUACUUUGUUACUUUGUUGGGGGCGGCCAUCUUGGCCGAACAAAAACAAUCGAGCAAUGGUUGUGAUCGUUUUUACAAUUUAUCGCUGGUGGAGGUCGUAUUUUCGUAUUGGUUAAGAACAUUUGACAUGGAAGGAACUUUUAAGAGCCCUCGCCCUAUACCAAACAUUGUCAACGAGGCAACUUUUAGCCACCGAAAGACGAAGAAAGUCAACCAGCAGAGGAGGGUAGUCGAGGAAGAUUGUUUACCUCCACGAGCUCCUGUGAAAUCCGCGCCUCCGAUAAGUAGAGUUUUUAAACAUACGAGAAGAAACUCAGUAGGAGCACUGCAAGUCAGUUUUCGAGAAAAUGGAAAUAGUAUCCUUUAAAUCUUUUACAGAAAAGUGUGUGCAGUUGAAAACUGUGACCUCUGAUUGCAUAAUUUUUGGCUUUACGCAAGCUUUUGGAGGCGCCUUCGUUUUCCCAUCUAUCAAAAAGUCUUCAUUUAAUUUUCCUAUCAAAAUAGUGAGCAACAGAAAGCUGUGAACACUUAAUUUAAGCUUAAUUAAGGAUGUUUUUUCAGGGAAUUGUUUUAUUUCAAUGUUAUGUUAUGAUUAUUUCGUCUUCAGUCUUGUCUUUUUCAUUUAUGGCUUCGGCAAGCAAUAAUCAGUCGUAUUAUCACUUAAACAUAAACCAGUUAAGCUUAUUGUUCAUUGUGAUUGCAUGCACUUGUUAUUGGUUCAUGUCUUACGAUUGAGCGAAAAAUUUCACUCCAAAUUAAAAAUGCCCAUGGGUCCAAUUAAAGAAGACUAGUUAUGAAAGCGGCACUGAAAAAUGUUUAAGAUUCAACGUUGCCGCGGUUCAUGUUGGCAGCUCAGCUCCCUGACCGUGUUCAACCUUUUCUUGCUCACAAAUAAAAAUAAUUCACAAUUAUUUUGAUAGGCCUUUUGCAUUAGUUAAUCACGUGAUCAACCACUCGCUUUUGAAAAAUUUUGGUAUCACGAGCUGAAAAAGCAUAUUAAAAUUAGGCAACCUGUAAAUUUUUAGCUGUAUACCUCAAAAGUGGCGAUUGCAAUGGCUACUGAAAAUUAGAAGGAUUUAUAUGGUUGGAAAUUUACAGGUUACCUAAUUUUAAUAUGCUCUUUCAGCUCUUGCUAACAAAAUUUUUCAAAAGCGAACUGUUUUCAUGUUUGCUGAAACACGGGGGUUGUCACUAAGAUAAUUUCAAGUUGUCGGGUAAAUCCAACAAGAGGGCGGGGAAUCAAACAGCUGGGGAUUUCUUUUGGUUCUAUUUUUCUUCUGUUUUCCAAUAAAAGUAGCCAGGGACCACACUCAUAGUAGCUGGGGGAAAUCCCUGGUCCCUGGCUCUUAAUGACAGCCCUGCUGAAAGUUGAUCACAUGAUCAACGAAUGCAAAAGGCCUAUUGAAUAUGUUAACCCUCCAAGCAUCAAGGGUGAUCAACAUCAAUUUUCUCCUCACAAUAUCAGUACAUAAAUCAAGAAAUGUUUGUGAGAAUUAAUGUAAAGAUCACCUAUGGGAAAUUGCUUUGAUUAGUCAGUGAGAAAUUGAGCAGCUAGGAAUCUCUUCUGGCUUGAUUUCCUUUUUGUUUCCUAUGAAAAUAGCUGGGGUUCAUGCUCAUAUUAGCUGCAGCAAAUCCCUACCUCAGGCUCGUAGGAACAGCCCUAUUCACCCGUACACAAAAUGCUACUGUAGUCAAAGGUUAUGAAGAAGAUACUAAGCAAAUCUCACCAGUGAGCACUGACUAUAAUAUUUUUUGUGGUUUUUGCAGGCAUAGCACUAAAACUUAAAAACAUUAGCACAACGUUUUCAAUUGUAAAUCCUUGUCCAUCCUUGCCAUCUGUAACAAAAGAAAAUAUGAAACGGUUUCAUUGCUUAAAUAUAGUCUUAAAUAACAAGACUGGACUAUUGUUUUAAGAAUUCACUUGGUGCACUGCCAAGACACAUUUUAUCUUUUCAAACAGAUAGCAAAUAGUGUGAUGUAGCCCCUUUAAUUCUUUUAUUUCAGUAGAUGAGUCUUUGAGUCUUACUUUAUUUUAUUUAAGCAGUAGGUUUAGAUUCGAUUCGCUAAAAUGCCAAUAAAAUCCUUGACUUGACAAAUUAGAGAUAAAAAGCCCUCACUAUAAUGAAAAAUCAAAGGAUCUUUAUUUUGAACAGGUUUGUAAAGAGAAGAUUUUAGCAAUAAUUGAGUGUAUCAUAUUUGCUUGCACCCUAAUCCAAACAAUCAGCUGAUUUAGCAACCGAACAGGAACAUCUGUUGAUGACAGUGUACGCAAAUCAAAACAACUGGCUUGAACAAUGACAGUGCGGUAAAUUGGGCACCGGAAGUCAUGGUUAUCACUUUCCAGGCGCCUUCCCAUGGUCAGCUGACAUUCCUGUUCUGUUGGUAAAUCAGCCUAAUAUUGAUAACAUUGAGACCCUCAGCGAUGUACAAUAAAACUAGAUUAUUUUUACUUUUGUCUCUUGAUUCCACAGUGUUUUGAAGUAAUCAGUAGACUUGGAGCAGGCUCAUUUGGAGAAGUAAGUUUAUUUCUACCACAUCUAUCUAACUCCAAGACCUUUUAAUGGAUUUGUGCAAUCUGUUUGAAACUUGGAUAGCCAGGUGUGAAACCAGUGUCACUGUUAGACAAACUAUUUGGCGAUUGACUGACGAAAUGUCAUUUGUCUUUAAAAAAAUUAAUAGGUUUAUAAAGUGAGGAGCAAGGAAGAUGGCUGUCUCUAUGCAAUAAAAAAGUCAAGGGAUAAAUUUCGUGGUGAUGCGGACAGGUAUUGGUUGCCACCCAAAUAUAUUUUGCUUCCUUCUAUUCAAACUCUUGAACACUCGAAUUUCUCAAGAUUAAAUGAUCUGUGUUUUGCUUACAGGAAAUAUAAACUAGAGGAGGUCAACAAACAUGAGAUACUAAAACAUCAUCCAAACUGUGUUCAGUUUAUUAAAGCUUGGGAAGAAAGGUUAGUGGCUUAUUAGAGACUUUUUUUUACAUAAGUUUUUCACUUGACAUGUACUCUGUCCAUAGAGUGGUCAACCUUGUUUUGCACACAAACCUCCUUGCUUACAGAAAAAUACUUGUUAACUAGCACGAGGGCAACAAGUAAUUAUAGGUUUGAUCAAAAUGAGGUGAAUCCUCUCCUGGCUUCUACCAAUAACAGUAAGCUGUGCUAUUGCAAGCUCUUUUUUUGGAGCGGGGGGGCAGGGGGGGGGGGGGGUUAUGUAAUGGCAAAACAUAUAUUCGAAUGCUUUGAAAAAGGAAAGGGGAAGACGGCAAAAAAUAAAUACUCUAGCACUUAAUUAAUUAAUAACUUAUUAGCCAUAUAUGGUUAGGAAUUUUUUGUUGUUUGUAAUUUUAGUUAUUUGGAAAUAGUUGAUAUACUAUUUAUUGUAUAAGACUCCAUAUAAAUAAAACAUGUAUGUAUGUAUGUAUGUAUGUAUGUUUGUUGGGGUUCUCAGGUAUAAUACUGAAGUUAUGGGGAGGUUCAAUCCUCUUUUUUGAGUUUGAUAUUUGAAGUCCAAGGACUUUUUUGGUCAUGAAACUUUACAGUAACUUUUGUUGGGUAAAAGACUUUGGUGCAGACUUUUCAAAAAUCUUAAUGAGUAACCCAUGAUCAUGAGGUUCUCAUACAUUGUGUCAGUUUGUUUACAGACACAAACUAUGUUACACUGGCAUGGAGUCUCUUUUUUUAAAAAGCAGUUUAUUCUUAUAGCUCUUUUCCACGACCAGGAUCUGGACCACUGGACUUUUUUGGGGGGGUACUGGACAUGACCUACAUGUAUAUUCGUAACUCCCUAUUAUUAUAUACCCCAAGUGUCCCUCCCUCCUGGGAUUGUAAGUAUGAUUUCUAGUCUUGUGAAACUAGAGUUGAAUACACUAGGUGAUCUACUGCAGCAAUAGGGUGCCCCCUCACAAGGAAUUACCAGUUACAGAUUAGACCAGUAUUAUGAAGUCAGAUACAUGAACUAAGGUAUUCCAUUAAGGCAAUAGGGCCAUUUAUACGAGGAAAAAUAAGGCGCGUCUUACAUAAGACGCGUCUUAAAUAAGACGCGAACUUUCCAUAUAAACGGCACAUUUCGUCUAAAAUAAGACGCGGCUUAGCUAAGACGCGUCUUAUUAGAUAAGACAUGCUCAUAUAAAUGGUACAGUUCGUGUCUUAUUUUUCCUCAUAUAAAUGGCCCUAUUGUGUAUUUUUCUUUUUCUAUCAAUUUUGUCUUGCAGGCAACACCUCUAUAUACAAACAGAGUUAUGUGAAAUGAGGUAGUUAUUUCUACUGUAUACAUGUAAAUGUGUACUUUAUCUUGAGAAGAUGGAUUUCCUCUUAAAUGAGUGGAUAAAUGUGUCAUGUUCAGAAAUAUCGUAUGAUCAUGACCAUCAGUUUCAUUGUUUUCACCAUUAAUUACUGCCGUUACUGGCAAAGGUUGGAGUCCAGUGAUCAGCUUAUAUGCAUGGCAAUUUAACUGACACCUCCAGUUAUAAAGAAUGCUUUUGUCAAUUGAUAAUUAUUUGAUUUUUUUUUAGUCUCAAGGACUACCUAGAGAAUAAUGAUUCAGCAAGUGAAACUGUAGUGUGGGAAUUUCUUGUUGACCUAAGCCUUGUAAGUAUGUUUAACUUUAACUUCCAAGUGAGGUGUGAGUUUGUGGGUUUUCCAAAACAAUAAAACAAUCUCUCAUUUGUUAUAAUUUGCAGUAGUUCUUUCUGGAAAGCAUUGAUGGUUCUCCCUUUUUUCUGUACUGUUUUCCAGGGUCUCAAACAUCUUCAUGAUAAUAACAUGGUCCAUAUGGAUAUCAAACCAGCAAACAUUUUUAUUGGCCUUGAUGGAUUGUGUAAAAUAGGAGAUUUUGGUUUGGUGUUAGAGCUUUCAAAGGUGGGUAUAGUACGGUGAAGCUUCUUGCAAUAGGGCUGGGCUGGGUUGUUCAAAGCGCGGUUAAGAUAACCCAGGGUUAAUGCAAAAUUUGAAUUCAGAUAUAAAAGCUUAAAAAGCAUAUUCAGUUUUAUUCCUUUGGUCUGCAAUUUGCUGAUUGGAUGCUCUAAAAAGAAUAGGGAAAAUUAUGCGAGAAAAUGCUUUUAAACAAAAGAAAAAGAAACCCAGAUUAAAAUUUAACCCUGGGUUAGCACUGAUCGGCCUUCAAACAACUGAUGUACUGAUGUACUAUCUUGGGUCAUAAUCAAGUUACACAUAUGCACCUUUUUAAAGUUAGUUUGGACUGAUCUUACAAUGCCUUAAAAAUGUCGUAAAAAAUGUCUUUUGCUUUGAAGAUCAGAUGGUAAUUUGCCCGCAGGUAAAUAUUCUUUUUUCGUAGUGGGCUUUAAAUCAAAAUAAUUACAUGUACCUUAUGGCUGGUCCCUUGGGAAACAAGGUUUAAAUUUUGUUUCCCAAAGUUCUCAAUGUUUCCCAUGGCUUUGCCUUGGGAAAUGUUGAGAUUUUCUAGGUACAAAAGUAGCUGUUUCCCUUGGGCCUUGGUUGCGUGCUUAUGUUUUUGGCAGAAGUUAGGAAAACUAAUGUAAAAGUUGACAUUUAUUCAUUAGUCUUGUGUGUACAUGUGUGUGUGUGUAAUUAGAGUAAUUUUAGUUUCUUAACAGAUGUUAUGUGGAAACCUACAAUUGUAAACAUUGGUUUCAAUUGGCUGUGUUCGCUUUUUUCUCCAUUACUAUAAGUCUUGAUCGAAAAUAAUAUUUUGUUUUUGUGACUGUGUAUUCCUAGUGUGAUACAGCUCAAGCUUUAGAGGGAGACCCAAAAUAUCUCGCUCCGGAGUUAAUGCAAGGACACUUUACUAAAAGUGCUGACAUAUUCAGGUGGGUUUUUAUGCAAUUAAUUUUUUCAAAGCUGCUGUUUGCGUACACGUCUACAUGUUUGUGCAUGCCAAAUUGACUUCUGCAUUGUAAAGACAGUAACUUUUCCUGAAGUUUAGACAACUUACCGAUAUCCAUUUCUACUGUUUUGUUUGUAUAAUGGUGUUUUUAUUUAUUUAUUUAUUUAUUUAUGUAUUUAUUUAAUAUCUCUAUCUGCAGCUUAGGAAUAACUCUACUGGAGUUGGCCAGUGAUCUUGAUUUACCUAGAGGUGGAUACGCAUGGCAUCAACUUAGGAACGGACAGCUUCCUGAUGUGUUUACACAAGGUUUGAUCUCACGUAAUAAUAGAGUUAAGUCUCUGGUCACUAAUUUCUGUGCAGAAAUUUUCCAGUCCUUCCAGCUGGGACUGGAAAAAGAGGGAUGCAUCUGAGAAUUCUCUUCAUUCUGGAAACUUUUCUCUGGGAUGAUGGAUUGUACUUAACCAUUUGAAUUUUCAAUCAACAUUUCAGUUUUUGUUUUCCUGGCAAAUAUGGUUUAAAAUUCUGUCGCAAAUCUUUGUUUACAUUUUUGCCUCAUUAGCAUAUGCUUUUCAUUCUCUUAUCAAGCUAAUAAAAUUAACUCUCUGAAUAUCAAAAGAGCAUAACAAUUUCAAUUGUCUGUGUAAAUUUGAGGCUGAUAUACCAAAUAAUUUUGAAGAAAUUAACUUUGAAAAACUUGAAACGUUACAAAGGAUAUAUGGGCUCAUUUUCGUUUUGCAACCCAGCAAUUUCGAGGUUUCCACCACUGGUAUUCCCUUUGUUAUUGCUUGCAAAAAGCUGAAAAUUGCCCAACAACUUUUGACUUUCAUUUGUGCAUACAGUGAUGCCUUCUAUGGGUUAAAAAAUGUUAACAGUGAUGUCAGUGAAGACCUGCUUAUUGCUACAAAUUUUUGAUUGCAUUUAUAAAAUGAUUUACAUGUAUAUUUUGUAUUGUAUCACUAUAGGUAUGUCCCCAGACCUUCGGAGGCUUAUUAUGUGGAUGAUGAACCCUUUACCACAGCAUAGGUUUGUUACAGUAAAAUAAUAGACAGAUUAAGACUCAUGCUUAUGGCAAACAGCAAAGGUAGAUUCAAGUUGAAAAUUCUCAGACUGAUAGAAAAUGAUCAGAUAAAACAGUCCGAAGCAAUUCUUAUGGAUGAAAAUAAUGUGAAACAACCAUUUUUUUGUAGGAGUAAAGAACAGUAAAAGAGAAGUAAAGGGAAAACUUGGUCACAUGGUACAAAUUUGUGUUUGCCGUUUGCCAUAAAUGUGACUCUAAAUCGCUCUAAUGUCUAUGAUGCAAUAAUUUUAAUUGCUGUUAGAGUACUUCCUAUUCAAUUGGUAAUAAAUAAUAAUUUAUAGAUUGUUAUCAAAUCUUACUUUUAGGCCAACAGUAGAUGAAAUAUUAGCAGAACAAACAGUGACACAGGCAUGGAAGAGAAGGCAGAGAGUUUACGUUUAUUGCUCAAUGGUAAAGUAAAACCAAGUUUUCCAUAUAGCAUAAAUAUGUCAUGGGGAAUAACGUAUAUUAAUAUUUUUGAGUUUUUGGUUGCUAAUCAUAAGUUUGACUUUGAGGGAAUCAGGUUAAUUUUGAGUGUCUUUCCUUUUGACUGAAGGUAUCUCAUAAAGAUAUUUGGACAGAAGUUUUUAUAUUUCGGACUGGUAAGAAGCCCAUCCUUCUUACUUGUCAUGACAAUAAUCUCUCUUUUCUUUUUUCUUUCUUAUAUAGAAGCAAUUGGCAUUUAAAAUGUAUUCAGUGGUGUAUGCUGUUUUACUUUGGUUAUGGAUGGUUUUACUAUGGCCCUAUAAUUCACUUGGAGGUAAGAAUAUCUGCUUACUCAUUUUUUAAUGUAAAACUCAAAGUUGAAUGCUCAUAUUCUAAGAAGUAGGGUUGGAAUACUCAAUCUAGGUUAUUAUGUUUUUAACAAAACUUGCCACUAGGAUGGCAAAAAAAGUUAUUAGAUUUACAGUCCAACCUCCAUGUUCAACUGCCUCCCGUAAGCAACCCACAAGUCUGCACAUUUUGAGAGGUAGCUUACUAAAGUUCCACUUUAUUUCAAUUGAAUUUGACUUCCAAGUGUCCUGUAUUAAAGAGACUGUGUGAUUUUUUUUUCUCUUCUUUCCUUUUUUAUCAGGAUUACAUUUGGUGGGUAAAUCAUUAUCAAAAACAGACACAUCGUUCCAUGAAGACAACAGCUUUUCUUCGGAUGGUAAAACACCUGCAUUAUUUUAGUCUGGUUUGAUUUUCUGAUAAAUGUGUGGAGAAUUUGUUUUAGAUGUUGUUAUUUUGUUUCUAGAGUCAUGUAAUACCUCCUUGUAUGAUAGCAGCAGCACUCCUAACUGCAGUAUAUCAUUUGAAGAAAUGUUAACACAUUCCAUUCCAAAGCCUCCUUGGCAUGGGUAUGUACAAGUAUAAAGGUUUGCUAAUGUCAUAUUAGAAGUAUCAAAGGAAAAAUAGAGAGCAGUCUUUCACAGUAACUAAAUGAUUUCUCAUAUGCUCAGUUGUCAAGGGUCAUUACAUCAAUAUGAAAAUUGCUAAUCGAUGGUCUCAAACUUUGUAUUAUAUUAUUUUAUGAUGAUCAAUAAUUUUUUUUCAUGGGGAACUGAUGUGUUGAAGUUUGAUGAUAUAAAAAUAUUCAUGCAGUGUUGAGAGAGAUGAUUACUUUUUUUCUAGCGAUGGCUACUGCAGCUCGCCUGUUAAUUUGACACCUUGCAGCCACAUGGAUCAUUUAAGGAUAUCUCCCCAAAUGUGUUCAGAAAAAGGGAGGUAGGUAUUGCACAAAGUACUCAGUUUCUGACUAACCUAGUGCACUCCGUUGCCAGAAAAAAAAGAAAGAACCUUUUUGCUUUGAAAGAGUGCCUAGAAUAAGGCCCUGCUUGAUUUCUGAUGAGCUGCUUGAUUCUGUUUCCAAUUGUGUAGUGAAUGUUUUGUGAAUGAUAGGGAGAGUUUUAUAUUAGAUCAGGAGUCUCUUGGGGCCUUAUUAAAUUAAGGUUAAGUUUGUAUUAUGUUGUUUCACUUGGGUUACCUAAGUGUUAGUUGUUUGUAUUCGGGCUACUUUAAAAGAAAAUCCAUAGCUUUUAGUCAGGGGACUAGGCAUAAAUGAAACUGUCCAUUACAAAUGGGUAACAGUAAAGUGGGGUUGCCCUGAAACUGCAUUGUGCUGUUUUUGUGUGUUCAAGUUUAAAAUCAGUGCAAUGUUUGUUUUUUCUGUCCAGGAUCACUCCACCGUUUCACACUAGUAGCCCCGAACAUCAAAAGUACACCCCUCCAUCGGCCAGUAGAAGAGGUCGUUUGUUUGACGGAGACGAGUUCUUGACUAAGAAUGCAGCUGGCCCGAGAAACCUGCUUGAGGUAAUGUUUUUUCACAUGGACAACAGGAUAUCUGCAAAGACUAAGUACACUGCCAUGCCUGAAAAUGAGCCCUAACUAAUAAGCAAAAGGAACAACAAUUGGAAAAACCUCUAAAAUUAAAUUCAGUUACAAAUUAGGAGGGUCGACUUCUGUUUGUUGUAAGCACAUCUCUGCCUUGAGCUGCUGUUUCACCCAGCCAAGACGAAACGGGAAGCAUACGGUAUUCGGCACCCCUCUCUCACACCUUACAGUCGGCUAAUAACGCCUGUUAAUUAUAGUCUAAAAGGCUAUUUUAUGCCAAAAUUUCAGGCAGAUGGUUUUACGUUGACACUAUUUCCUCGCGGAUGGAACUCCACCGCGAAUCGUUACAUGAAUGUGCGGUAUAUAAUAGUCAAGUUUAUUAAAAUAACUUGAUCUUAUGCUGUUAUUACUUAUGUUAAAUAGAGGCAAAGUUACUUUCAAAUACGUUGCUGAUUUGUCAUUUGCCAGUGUUGCGUUGACAAAGCACAGUUAGAUAUUAAAAAUCUCGUUUUUCAACGUUGUGGGCCCGAAAACUUUGGAAGUUAAGUUAUUAUUUAUGUUUCCUCACGAUAGUUCUUUGGUUCCAGGUAUUUGAAGAUGCAGCAAAUAGUCCUGAUUGGUGAUAUGAAAGUUUGAGAUAUGUACCAGAAAAACAAAGUGGAGGAAGAGCCUCAAGUAGUGCAGACCGAAGAAAACCUAUGGCUUUUUUAGUUGUUUUGUUCUCUCCACCAUUUGAUCAGUUUAAGCUCCAUGUAGACACGUCAUAACUGGUGCCUGAACUGACGUAACCAACCUACCAUUUAAGACGUUACGACCCAAGAGUGACCAACAUCACUGAGUUUUCCCCUAAUGAGAAGAGGUUAUGACCAAAGGGAAAUGCUUUGAUCUUUUAUCAAAUUCUCUCAACCAAUUCGUUAAGGAAACGUAUGGAGAUCAGUCUGCAGAAUUUGUAAGAAGUUAGUUGAAGCAUGAUGAUAACCACAGGAAACAAAUUAACGUUUAUUAUUCUGAUUAUCUCAUAGAGUCAGGUGCCGUUUGUAUUUGGCAAUUUGUCAAAGAAUACAUCAGUGUCUGUGACCUUUCAGUUUAAGAAAAGAAGCAAUUUAAAAUGAUAGUCUUUUUUAACACAGAUAAAAGUGAAAAUAAUUGUUGUAUAAAGAGUUUAUGGCUUGCCGAUC